AUGGCCCAAGUGCAAUAUAAUUCUAAAGUAAAUGAUGUUGAUAUUGAAGAAUCUAUCGAUCAAUCUUCUCCGAUACCACUCAUGUCUAUUGUUAUUCGUCCAACUGAAUAUCCUUGUACGUCAUCUUCAUCAUAUCAAACAUCAAUUAAUGAAAUGAUAUGUUCAUAUCGAACAACAAAUGUAUCAACAUCCGAUGAUAAUAUUUUAUUAGCAUCAAAUUUUAUAAAUCAAAUUGAUAUUUCAAAAUUUCAUUUUGCUCAUGUAAUUAAAGUUCCACACGGUACAAAUCUUCUUGCAUCCGAUAAUCAAUCAACAACAGUAUGUAUUAAUUCUAUUGAAAACAUAAUUCAUUUCAUUACACCGACUGGUUAUCAUAUUCGAUCGUCAAGAUGGCCUGAAACGGAAGACAAGAUUACAGAUUUACUUUGGUGUGAAAUAUUACAAAUUUAUCUUGUUGCAACAUCAAGAAAACUUUAUACGCUUAAAUAUGAUUCAAAUCAUUCAAUUUUAGUCGAAAAAUCACUUGAUUUUUCUAAUGAUUAUUCUUCAUUAAAGAUUUCCAUUGUUUGUAAUUCUUAUCGUCUUUAUACUCAUGAUCAAUCAACAAAACUAAUCGAUGUUUAUAAUCUUCAGUUUGUUCAUCUACAAAGAAAACAAUUACCCGAUUGUAUUGUUAGUAAUCAAGUAGAAGGAUUGUCUUGUUCCGAUUCGUGUCUUGUUUUACAUUACAAACAAGUUUCAAACAAAUUUAUUGUAUUAGAUCCAAUAAAAAUGAUGAUUGUAUAUGAAUUUGACUUAUCUUAUAAGAUUAUUUCAUCUUUACGAUGUUUUAAUAAUGAAAAUACAUUAGUAUUUAUUGGUAGUAGACAAGAUGAUGAAAAUCGUCUAGUCUUUUUAAAUUUUAGAAAUCAAAAUAACGAAAGUAAGAUACAACCCGUCAUUGUUGAAAAACCUAUUGAAAAAGAUGAACAAUCUGUUUAUCUAUUGCCGAACAGUCGAGAUAUUAUGAUAUUUAAUGCAAGUGCUUUUCGUGUACAAUAUUUGAAAUAUCGUUCUUAA